AUGACGCAGGUUGCCCGAUGGCUCGUGGCACUGGCCGCGGUCGCCGAGAGCUUGGUCUCGAUCCCGCUCCUGCAUGAGGCCCGGGCGCUCUCCGCGAGCAGCCCCAUGUUCGAGCAGCGCGUGGGCGAGAGCCGAGGCGUCCGCCACGCAGCGUUGUACUUGGGCGUCCCGCCGCAACGCGCGCUCGUGGUCAUUGACACAGCGAGCGAUUGGACAGCGGUCGUUGCGAGCUCCUGCACGACGUGCGGCAACCACACGGAUCCUGGCUACGACACGGCCAAGUCGACGACAUCAGCGUAUGACAACUGCACGUCGUUCCGCCAGUGCUUUCUCUGCGACUCGGCGCGCGCCGCGUGCGAAGUCCAGCGGACGUACGUCGACGGCAGCGGGUGGACCGGCGCCGCCGUCACCGACCUCGCCUACAUUGGGCGCUUUAGCGGCGAGUCCUCGGACGACAUCAUGCGCACUAACGGCGUGCGGCUGACCGUGGCCGCCCAGCUCAGCGCCAGCGGACCGCUCGUGACCAUGGCCGAGAAUGGCAUUAUUGGCUUCUCGAAAGCAUCGACAACCUUUCUCGCCGCCCUCGUAGCGCAGAAGCGCAUUGAGCGCAACGCCUUUAGCCUCUGCUACUCGGCGUCGGGGGGCACCCUCGUGCUCGGCGGCAGCGACCCGUCGCUGUACGCACCAUCGUCGGCCGCCACUGGGACGGUCGCGAUGCUGAGCUCGACCAAAUACCUCCUUCCGCUCGUCGACGUGUUCGUGGGCGGCACAUCGACGGCGGCAACCUCGUCCGUGGACAGCGCGGGCCUGAGCACGCUCGUCGACAGCGGGUCGUCGCACUCAUACUUGCCAUACGCGGUGCGCACGUCGUUCCUUCGGGCCUUUGCUGCCGCCACGAACGUCGCCUUCUCGGACGCGACGACUUAUGCGCCCGACCAAAGUGGCACGUGGCCGACGAUCACGUUGGUAUUUGCAGGCACCGCCGGGCGCGUCGAGCUCGAGCUGCCGCCCGCCAAGUACAUGUACACGACCGCCUCUGGAGAGAGUAAAUUCGGCCUGCGUUUUGCAGAGAGCGGAGUGAUCGGCGCCAACGCCAUGGUCGACGUCAACGUGCUCUUUGAUCUGGACGCGCAGCAGGUUGGCUUUACGCGCGCCAACUGCACACUCACGACCGAGACAAGUACGACCUUCCGUCUUCUUCUCUGGAAAGCCUCACCGAACACGGCGUAG